CUGUUAUUUUCAUUUCCUCAUUGGUAGAAGAGGAUUAAUACAGAAGAAAGUCAGACACAACACAUUGAACCUCUGUCACCAUGGGGAACUGGGCUGUGAAUGAGGGGCUCUCCAUUUUUGUCAUUCUGGUAUGGCUGGGAAUGAACGUCUUCCUCUUUGUCUGGUACUACCGGGUUUAUGAUAUUCCAGAUAAAUUCUUUUACACUCGAAAACUUCUUGGGUGCUGCUCAACAAGAGUUCGAAGACAACUGGACAGGAACCUCACCUUUCAUAAAAUGGUGGCAUGGAUGAUUGCACUUCACACUGCAAUUCACACCAUUGCACAUCUAUUUAAUGUGGAGUGGUGUGUGAAUGCCCGAGUUGGAAAUUCUGAUUCUUAUUCAGUAGCACUCUCUAAACUUGGAGACAGGAAGAAUGAAAGUUAUCUCAAUUUUGUUCGAGAUAAAAUCAAGAACCCUGAAGGAGGCCUGUAUGUGGCUGUGACUCGGUUGGCAGGCAUCACUGGAGUUGUCAUCACAUUGUGCCUCAUAUUAAUUAUCACCUCCUCUACCAAAACAAUCCGGAGGUCUUACUUUGAAGUGUUUUGGUACACACACCAUCUCUUUGUGAUCUUCUUCAUUGGUCUUGCCAUCCAUGGAGCUGAACGAAUUGUACGUGGGCAGACCAUGGAGAGUUUGAAAGAGCACAGUGUAAAAUUUUGUAAGGAAAAAAUCACAGAAUGGGGAAAAAUAAAGGAAUGCCCAAUUCCGCAGUUUUCUGGGAACCCUCCUAUGACUUGGAAAUGGAUAGUAGGCCCCAUGUUCCUGUAUCUCUGUGAGAGGUUGGUCCGGUUUUGGCGAUCUCAACAAAAGGUGGUCAUCACCAAGGUGGUCACUCACCCUUUCAAAACUAUCGAGCUACAGAUGAAGAAGAAGGGCUUCAAGAUGGAGGUGGGACAAUAUAUUUUUGUCAAGUGCCCCACGGUGUCCAAGCUGGAGUGGCAUCCUUUCACACUGACCUCUGCCCCUGAGGAAGACUUCUUUAGCAUCCAUAUCCGCAUCGUUGGGGACUGGACAGAGGGGCUGUUCAAUGCUUGUGGCUGUGAUAAGCAGGAGUUUCAAGAUGCCUGGAAACUACCUAAGAUAGCGGUUGAUGGGCCCUUUGGCACAGCCAGUGAAGAUGUGUUCAGCUAUGAGGUGGUGAUGUUAGUGGGAGCGGGGAUUGGAGUCACGCCCUUUGCAUCCAUUCUCAAGUCAGUCUGGUACAAGUAUUGCAAUAAUGCCACCAAUCUGAGGCUCAGAAAGAUCUACUUCUACUGGCUGUGCCGGGACACACAUGCCUUUGAGUGGUUUGCAGACCUGCUGCAACUGCUGGAGACCCAGAUGCAAGAGAGGAACAAUGCAGAUUUCCUCAGUUACAACAUCUAUCUCACUGGCUGGGAUGAAUCUCAGGCCAAUCACUUUGCUGUGCACCAUGAUGAGGAGAAAGAUGUGAUCACAGGCCUGAAACAAAAGACUUUGUAUGGCCGGCCCAACUGGGAUAAUGAGUUCAAGACAAUUGCGAGUCAACACCCUAAUACCAGAAUAGGAGUUUUCCUCUGUGGACCUGAAGCCUUGGCUGAAACCCUCAGUAAACAGUGCAUCUCUAACUCUGAGUCUGGCCCUCGUGGAGUACACUUCAUUUUCAACAAGGAAAACUUCUAAAUUGUCUCUUCCAUGAGAAAAUAAAUGUGUGUUAUGUUGCCAAA